AUGCACGCUGAUCAACCACGACGACGUAUGGCUCAAAACUAUCUCUUAGUUUGGGUGGAUUUCAACUUCGAUGAAAAGGACAAAGAUUGUCAAAACACUUUGAUGCACUUACGGCGUGUCGUUAAUGAUAUCAACAUAUGUACUCAACCAGAUGCGUGCGUUCAAUUUCUCAAUAGCAUUGGCGACGAAAAGGCGUUCGUCAUCACGUCUGGAUCACUAGGUCAACACUUGGUUGCCGACAUUCAUGACAUUCCACAAGCAAAUGCCAUCUACAUCUUCUGUGGUAACAAAUCCAGACAUGAAACCUGGACAAAGAAAUGGUCUAAAAUCCAGGGUGUUCACACAAAUAUCAAUGAAAUAUGUGAAGCGCUGGCAGUGGGUGUGAAACAAUACGACCAGGACUCCAUUCCUAUGAGCUUUGUCACGGUAAGAGGAGAUGCUUCCAAUACAAAUCUCGAUGAACUGGAGCCAAGUUUUAUGUACACACAAAUAUUGAAGAACAUUCUCAUCGAAAUGAAACAUGACAAACAAGCCAUCAAAGAUUUAGCAAAUUAUUGUCGUCCACUUUACUGUGGAAAUAUUGACGGAGAAGAAACUAUCAAAGAAUUUGAACUUACAUACCAGCCAGACCAGGCUAUUUGGUGGUAUACGCGUGAGUGUUUUACCUAUCAAAUGCUCAAUCGAGCACUUCGCACUUUGGAUGCCGAAGUCAUCAUUAACAUGGGCUUUUUUAUUCAUGACUUAUGCAAACAAAUACAACAACUUCAUCAUCAACAGGUCAGUAGUUACAAAGGAAAACCUUUUAUAGUCUACCGUGGGCAAAGACUAUCGAAAGCAGAUUUUGAAAAGUUUUCCAAAACUACAGGCGGUCUACUGUCGUUCAAUAAUUUUCUGUCCACUAGUCAGAAACGAGAGAAAUCUCUUGAAUUUAUUCCUCUCGGUCUGGAUGAUCCUGACAAGAUGAGUAUCCUGUUCGUGAUCACAGUUGAUCCGAAUAUUUUCACAACUCCAUUUGCAUCGGUUGGAGAUUUGGGAUAUUUCAAAGACGAAGCAGAAAUUCUUUUCUCCAUGCAUAGUGUGUUCCGAAUUGGCACUGUUAAACAAAGGGCUGACAAAAACAAUCUUUACUGUGAGGUGCAACUUCAGUUGACUGCUGAUGACGACCCACAGCUUCGUGUGCUCACUAAACGUAUGGAAAGUGAGGUUCAAGGUGGUACAGGAUGGGAACGGUUGGGUAGGAUACUGUUCAAAAUACGACAAUUGGAUAAAGCUGAAGAACUGUACACAAUGUUACUGGAACAAACGUGUGACAAGAGUGACAGAGCACACUAUUAUCACCAACUUGGUAAUCUAAAACAUAAUCAAGUCGAUUAUAAGAUGGCUAUAGAAUACUAUGAAAAAGCACUUGAAAUUCGAGAAAAAUCUCUUCCUUCAAAUCAUCCCAAGUUGGCUACUUCGUACAGCAGCAUCGGUUUGGUAUACAGGAGCAUGGGAGAGUAUUCGAGCGCACUUUCAUUCCUCGAAAAAGCACUUGAAAUCUACCAAAAAACUCUUCCUUCAAAUCACCCCGAUUUGGCUACUUUGUACCACAGCAUCGGUUCGGUGUAUAGAAGCGUGGGAGAGUACUCGAAAGCACUCACUUAUUUUGAACGUGCUCUGAACAUUCGACAACAUGCAUUACCUGCAAACCACCCUCAUAUAAAAACUGUAAAAGAAAACAUUGAAAGUUGUAGACAAAUAAUGAAAAAAUAA